CUUGCCUCGUGUUAUUCUCAGUUGUAGAAAUGACGUUGAAGAGAGAGGUCGUGUUUUAUUGUCGCUGCUGCUUGUAGUGCUAGAAAAGAUCUUCCGUGAAAGGCAAAUAAAAAAUCAAGCAAGGAAGGAAAUUGCAUUUAACGGUGGGGGAAAAACUGUUUUCUGCGCUUUGGGAACCCUUUCUCGAGGCCGUACCGUGUGUUCGUGUGUGUGCGGACAGCGUCUCUUCUUCCAUCGCGGGUUGCCGCCGCUUGCUUGGAUUUUGUGAUCCCGGUGCCGGUUUUUUGUGUUUUGCGACGCGCUCGGUGAAAGCAUUUUUUUCUGCUGUCCAAUGGAUUUUGGUGGCAAUAGAAGAAAUUGCAUUAUUAUUGGCCUGCUGGGAUGAUUUUCGAUGUGGUGUAGACAACUUUUCCCCGAUAUCCGGAUUAACAUGGUGAAGUGAGAAAUAAAAAAAAGGAAGAACAAGGAAUCUGUUGAGAGUGGCGAAGGCGAUUGUGAUCAAUCGUGAAAAAUAGAAAAAAAGCCAGGUGUUACAAUGUUACGGCGACUGAAGAGAAAUAAUUAGAAAUCAGUGUAUCAUGACGAAGUGCCGAUGAGCGUUUUAUCUCUUCCACCUAAUAGUGAAUUUUAAUCGACUACCGCUCCUCUCUAACUGAUCCGCCAACGUCCUCGACUCCGACGACCGUGUGUGAUAAAUUGUACACCACCUUCCACCCUCGUCUUCCCGCAGCUGCACCAGGGAGAAGAACGUGCUUAGCACAAUGAAUAGAAUCUACUUUGGAUCGGCUUUAUGUUUAACGCUGUUGCUUUUCAUCGCUGAGACUGAAUGUUCGGGACUUUUCGAGCUAAAGCUCAAAUAUUUCAACAACGAGCGAGGGGUGGAUAACGAGGGAGCUUGCUGUUCGGGGCGGUCCGACCCGGUUAGCGGGAACUGUAUCGGGGCAUGCAAGACACGGUUUCGGGCAUGUUUGAAGCAUUACCAGGCCAAAAUCGAUCCGUCCUCGCCGUGCACGUUCGGCAACGUUAUUACACCCGUGCUGGAAGGCAACUCACUCAACCUGACCGAGCGGAGCAAGCAAGUGCCAUUCGAGAACCCGAUCCGGUUCCCGUUCGAGUUUGGUUGGCCGGGCACCUUCACGCUGAUAGUUGAAGCAUGGCUUGAUACGAACGAAACGACAUCCAGAGCGCACGGUGUUUUAAUCUCACGACUGUCGAUCCAGCGGGUUCUAGACGUGUCGCCGGAUUGGACCGAGGACAGCUAUAACUCAUCGUACACGACAAUACAGUACGCCUUCCGUGUCACCUGUGACUCAUCGUACUACGGGCCGGGAUGUGCCAACCUGUGUCGGAAGCGUGACGACCAGUUCGGCCACUACACUUGCUCCCCGAACGGCGAGCGGGUGUGCCUCACCGGCUGGCAGGGCGACUACUGUACGACCCCCCGUUGCACCCCCGGAUGUGAUGAGCAGCACGGCCAUUGCAAUAAGCCCAAUGAAUGCAUCUGCCAGUCCGGAUGGAAGGGAGAGCUGUGCGACGAGUGCGAACCGUACCCGGGCUGCAUGCACGGAACCUGCAAGAAGCCGUGGGAGUGCCUGUGCAACGAAGGCUGGGGCGGUUUGUUCUGCAACCAGGACUUGAACUUUUGCACCAACCACAAACCGUGCCAGAACGGUGGAACCUGCUUCAACACGGGCCAGGGCUCGUACACGUGCAAGUGUCCACCGGGCUUUACCGGCACCGAGUGCGAAACGGUCAUCAGUGAUUGCGCGGCCACGCCAUGCCUCAACAACGGAGUGUGUCACGACGAGAAGCAGGGAGGUUACCGGUGCGAUUGUCCCAACGGUUGGAUCGGAGCUCACUGUGAGAAGGAAACGGUAACGUGUGCGGAGAAGCCCUGCCUGCAUGGGACGUGCAAAGACACUCUUCAAGGGUUCAAGUGCGAUUGUCCGGCCGGAUACAGCGGAACGGCUUGCGAGGUCCAAAUCAACGAGUGCAAUCCAAGCCCGUGCGAGAACGGUGGCGUUUGCUCGAACCAAGGAGACUCCUUCAGCUGCAAGUGUUCCGAUGGGUACAGUGGAACGAGAUGCGAAGUAAACAUUGACGACUGCCAGGGAAAUCCGUGCAAUAACGGCGGCUCUUGCGUGGAUAUGGUUAACCAGUUCCGGUGCCAGUGCGUUCCCGGUUUCAUUGGAUCUUUGUGCGAGAACCGAGUCGAUUUGUGCCUCACGAAACCCUGCGCCAACGGAGGAACCUGUACGAACCUGAACAACGAUUACAGCUGCAAGUGCCGUCCCGGAUUUACCGGCAAGGAUUGCAGCGUAGACGUGGACGAGUGCCAUUCAUCGCCUUGCAAAAAUGGUGGGACGUGCGUGAAUCGCGUAAACAGCUAUCAGUGCGUAUGUGCGGGAGGAUUCCGGGGUGCGUCGUGUGACGAAGAAGCACUGUCAGCCAGCUGGGGCUCGGCAACUGGAAGUAUAUCGGCGCACAUGGCAGGAGGUCAUCAGGAGGCACACAGCGGCCGAAGUGACGGCCUGAGCAGUGGCCAGAUUGUGUUGAUUGCCAUCUUUUCUGUUGCAACGCCAUUGGCCGCAUUCAUCGCGACGGCCGUAGUGAUUUGCAUGAAGCGCAAACGUCGACGAGAACAGGAAAAGGACGACGCUGAAGCCCGCAAGCAAAACGAACAGAACGCUUCACACAUGACGCACCACCACCACAACUCAAUGUCUUCACCGAAGAGGAGCAGCAACAGCGCUCUCACAAAUCUCGACACUUCCCACCAUAUGAUCAAGAACACCUGGGAUAAAAGCGUCAACAACAUGUCCGCCUCGGCCAGUUUAGACGACGGAUGUCUAAUGAACAGCAGCCUGUACGGAGCGCUGCCCGGGACUUACGACAGCAACCCUUCCAGCAGUGAACAAUGCUACCAGGCUGCCGCCAUUCCAGCCACCCUGCAACGUGCCAAAUCGCAAAAACAGCUCAAUACCGAUCCUAUAGUAAUGCAUCGAGCAUCGCAAAUGAUCGCCACCGGAAGUGGUACGACGGCCGGCGGUCAAUCGUCGCAGCACGUGGCCGGACCGAUCGCCGGCGUUUCCAGCGCUGGGGUCAGUUCAUCGUCCGCAGCGGUUUCGGUGGUGAAUCCGAAAGAGAUGCUGCUCGAGAAGCGGAUAUCGGUGCUGUCGGACGUUAGCCUGUGCAACAGUCGGUGGAGCGGGGCGCCCCAGAAUCGGCAGAUCAUCGGCCCCUGCAGUCCGCCGCACGUUUAAAACUUUUAAUCAUUGAACGCUUCGGUUUUAUAAGAGAUCUCUUUUUUCCCUUUGCUCUUGUUAUACGUUGAAGAUGCGUAUAUUUGUAAUUAUUAAUAUUAAGUUUUUUUUUUCCUCUUAACUAGAAUCUUACAAACUGAAUUGACGGUUAAAUCAUGUAACUUCAACAUCCUACAGAGUUAUAACGAAAUGUUAUUAAGUUAGCUGUGAAUUUCGAUGUUCUUAAAAAACGAACUGAAAAUGUAAAUCAUGAAUUUUCAAUGGAAUAAUUAGGUUAAAACAUUUAUCAAAAGAAACAAAGUGGUCAUGACAAAUUGUUGGAAGCCCCACUUGUAUCAUUUUCAAUAAAAACCAAUUCCAACCAAAUGGAA